GGCUUUAGAUUUGACUAUAGCUUUGCGUCUGUGGUGGUUGUUGGAGAUUGCUGAUGCGUAUGUGAAGGAAAUUCACGCCUUUGGUUUUCUGUCCUAGGCUGCUCAAAUUCCAUCUUCACUAUAUCUGAAAUUCUACAUUGGAUAUAUUCCGGUAUUGUUUGGUCGGAGGGUAAUAUUCGGUGGUUAAAUGGGACCAUUGAAAUUGUGCUCAGCCAGUGCACGGACUGGAGGAUUUGAAAGCGGAGCUGCACGCGCUUUACGGUUCUGAAUGUAUCGCACAUUGGAUUCAACUUCGGAAAAGUUUACCAUUUUCUCGGACACCAGCGGACUUGGUUUAUACCUGUAUUGUGAGAUGCGCUAAAUUGUCCCGGAGAAAAAGGACACCGUUUACGUGCUGUCGUUUGAUUUCUAUUCAAAUGCUUACUACAAGAAUAUGCUGACUUAAAUGAAGUAAAACAACACGCCAUAUUUAUACUAAUUGUAGUUGUCAUAUCUCUAUCCUGCGGUGCGUAUUCAAAAUCUACAACCUUUUUGGUAUAAUGACCUGGAGCUGAGACUGGACAUUGAGGAUUCCCUCCGAACUAAUAGAAGUGCGGUUCGAAUUGUCGGAUCAUGAAGUCAGUUACUGAUCUUUAUGUUUUAAGUCUGUUGCUGGGUUCAGCCAUCGUGUCCUGGUGCGCGAUCAUCAACAACCAUGAAGUGGACAUGUCUAAGCUGGGUUCUCGUGAAUUUGGGAGCGUGUAUAACUUCAGCACCUUCCUGUUGGAUCGUUCGUCUGGGAUUCUGUACCUGGGGGCACGGGAUGCUGUCGUCGCCGUGGAUACUGCUAAUCUAUCAAAGAGGAAGACGAUUGAGUGGAAUGUUGCAGAAGAGAAGAGGAAAUCUUGUGUUGCUAAGGGAAAAACCGAGGGCGAUUGCAGGAACUACGUCCGUCUGUUAGAGUUUUUGGGAGAUGGACGAAUAUAUGCGUGUGGGACCUUUGCCUUCGACCCUCAGUGUGCCUUCAUUAACAUCUCUUCAUUCUCACUGGAGAAGCUUGAGGAUGGCAAUGUGAAGAUGGAGACGGGGAAAGGGAAGUGCCCAUUUGAACCUCGCCAGCAUUACACUGCCGUCAUGGCAGGAGGAAUUCUUUACACUGCCGCCACUAGUAACUUCCUUGGCACAAUGUACGAUAUUUCCAGGGCAACGGGCAUCGAGCAGGAACGCAUCCGGACCGAACAAUCCAUCAGCUGGCUUAGUGAUCCAGAGUUUGUCAGUUCUGCCUUCAUCCAAGAGGAUGAGGAGUUUAACCCUACCGGUGAGGAUGACAAAAUUUACUUCUUCUUCACUGAAGUUGCUAAAGAAUAUGACUUCUACACCAAAGUCAAAGUGCCCAGGGUGGCAAGAGUCUGCAAGUCUGAUGUAGGUGGUAUGAAGACUCUGCAGAGGAGGUGGACAACAUUUCUGAAGGCCCAGCUGGUGUGUGAAGAUCGAGGCAGUGGACAGCGUUUUAACGUUCUGACAGAUGUCUUUACUGUACCGCAUCAGCCCGGAGACCCCAGCAGCACACACUUCUAUGGCAUAUUCACCUCGCAAUGGGAACGCGAGGAGCUUUCUGCGGUGUGUGUGUACAGUCUGGAGGAGAUCACUAAGGUUUUGAAUGGCCCCUUUAAAGAGCUAAAGAAGAGCUGUGAGAACUGGAUUAACCCGGAGCCCAUACCAACACCACGACCGGGACAAUGCUUGAACAGUGCUCUGAGGGAACAGGGCUUUGAGUCCAGCCUGAAGCUGCCUGAUAAAGUGCUGACGUUCAUGCGGGAUCACCCGCUCAUGGAGAACAAUGUGGUGGCUGCACCGCUUAUGAUCAGGAAAGGCAUCACAUACACCAAACUUGCUGUUACCUUGACAACAACCCCCAGUGGUCCUAAGGAACAGACGGCCACUGUUUUGUAUCUUGGAACGGAUCGAGGAGAGCUACACAAAGUUGCCGUGGUUGGCCCAAAUGCAACUCUGAUCGAAGAAGUCGCCCUGUUUUCUGCACAAGAGCCAGUGAAUAACAUAUUGCUAUACAAGAACGAGGCUCUGGUUGGUUCCCCUCUCUCUCUGGUGAAGUUACCCAUAGGGGGGUGUUCUGUGCACACUUCCUGUGAGGUGUGUGCGCGUGCCCGGGGCCUAGGCUGUGUGUGGAGGCAUAAAGAGCAAGCUUGUGAUACGGCAAAGCAUGGUAAAGAGGAAGAUUUGGUCAGCCAAUGCAACAAAGGUGAAGGUCUUUGCUCCCCACCAGUGACUGAAAUGCGUGUCGAAGAGGGUCUGCGUGUCCUGCUUUCUUGCGUGCAACUGUCCCCUCGUCCCUGCCACUGGGUCUCUCCUCCCUUCAGCCAAACCCGCCGCCACAACUAUGACCUGGAGGUUGAGGUCACACCGGAGAGCCUAGGCAACUACGUCUGUUUGUGCGACGAAGUUGGCAGAGAUCAGCCACCCUGUCGCAAAGCCGAGUACCAGCUCACCCUCAACAACCCCAGCAUGGAGGGGAACGUGGCCGUCGCAGGUGGCCGUCACUUCUUGGCCUCGCACAUAAUAUUUCUCGUCGUUGGUUUUAUUAUCGGUGUCAUCUUUUUAUUUGUGAUUUACAAACGGCAAGGAGGCAUGCGGGGUGGCGGGCACUCAUCCUCCACGUUAGAAAAGGGGCGGGACUUGCUCCCUUCCACAGACACUCCCCAGUCUCCAAGCAGUGCCAGUUUCCUGUCGGAGGCUGUGCCAUUAACAGAGAAAAGGAACGGAACUCUGAACGGACACGGCAUGCAUUCGGGCGGUCUUAACGGAAGGCAUAUUUAUACCAACUCAGGUGGACUGAAACUGCAGGAGUCAGCUGUUAACCUGGCAGAGGAACUGGAUGGUAGAGAAAGGGCGGGGCCAGAUGGAGAAGAGGAGGGGCUUGGGGAUGUGCUCAGUGAGAUGGAGGAGGAGUUUUCCAAGCUGCCUUGUCUAAGAGGAGCACCGCUGGCAUUAUGUGAGGAGAGCUCUAUCUGAAGACCAGCACGCCCUUUUUCUGUAAAAGGCCGAGUAUGCAUGCUGACAAACACAGACAAGACACUUUUGUGUGUUUUCCAAGUGUUGAGGUGCUGUAGGAGGAAGAAGCAGACAAUCAGAGAACAUACAUUCCAAAUAUAUAAGAAACGCAAGCGGUCACACAAAGAAGCACACACAAUCAUGUGCGUACACAAAAUACGUGUGCUAGAAGUUCCUCUACUAUAGUCCAUUACGUUGUCAUCUAGUCCAUUCACUCCAGUGUACAUUAAGUGCUGCGUGUAGUUCUGUGAGUAUUCUUCGGUUUCUGCAUGUGUUGGAUCAGGUCGAUGGUAAGAUAAAGAGCAAGUGGUUUUUAUAGCCAGCUGUCAGCACUUUGACGCACCUUCCUCAAAGCCGUGCACACAUGCAUACACAGUCUGUGUGUAGUUCAGUACGCUCUGGUCUGUUUCCUGUUCCACAACUCUUUCAAAGGGGAAAUGACCUUUAUCCGUCUGUAGACCAGAGAAGCACAGAGCCGUCUAACAUUUGCCCAUUCUACACGGCCAGAUUUAAUACCAUGUGAAGGGCUUUUCAGCAAAAAAACCACUGUGUGAUGCUUGUCAGGAGAAGAUAAUCUAUCCAUGAAGGAUAAUAGAACCAUGAUUACAUUUUUGCUAUACUGACAAAGUGGUAAUCUGAGUACUGUCGGGUACUGUGGCAUAUGUAAGGCUUCCAGGUCACUCGGUGCAAUAUGAAACAGUAACUUAAGUUAAAAUGUCGGCCUCUUUAAGAUGUCUGACUGAAAGGCCACGACUGAGUAGAAAACAUUAAGGGGAAAAGAGAAACUUCUCCUUGUAUGCGAGUCCACGUCAGUCCUGGAGGUAGAUGGUGAAUUGGACUUGUCACUGCCAGAUGAUUCAGCCACAGUUAUUCGUGUUUGAAAUAAGGCUGGGAAUGUUUUGUGGUGUCAAUUCGAAAGCGGUCGUCGCACUGCCCAUACGGAACCAAAUGUAGCAUGUAUUAAUACAAAUCUGCACAGUUUAAUGAAGACAACAAGUACCACAAAAUGAUGGACAUGUAGCACGAAUGCGUAAAUACAAAUGAAGAAAGUGAAGGAAAUCAGUGAUUGUUUAGAGUUUCCCUUUAAGGACAGAGAAUGUGCCUAUUUGAAGGUAUGUAUCCCCAAUAAAGUGCAUGAGACACGUAGCUCACAGGACAGAGCUACAAAUGUGUCAAGUUAUAAUCGGGGCUACACAGUAAUGUAAACACUCCUAAUACAUGAGUGUUAUAUUUAUGUAGCCAUAAUGAUGUCUGUUUCAGGAUUAUGUAAAUAUUUGUGAAUAUACAAGAAAAUGGGAGAAAGAUCUUUGAACUGUUUUUUUAUUCUCUCUGUGGUUUUCACCACUAGAGGGAGUCUUCCUAACUGAUAAACAGUUAUUCUUCGUCCUUGAUGUUGCCAUUGACACACAAAUAUGGAUCCGUCUUACUUCCUCUAUUUAUUUAUUUUGUAAAUCUUUUUUGUAAUAAAAUAUUUUGUAACAUUAUGUCGAAAUGAAGGUUACCCCUGGAUUAUGUAUAAUAUAUUUCAUUUCUUCUGGACAAAUAUCUUUCUGUCUUUUCACACUUUUAAUCCUCAAAAUCGUAUUUCUGAUCCUCUAUUUGUGGUGAUUGUUGGCAGACCCCCACCUUUUGAAUCUAUCAGUUUUUUAGCAAGUUCUUGUCCAGAAAUAACAAAUCAUUUAGUGUUACAUGCUCUUCUUUGUUUUCUGUUUUGUUUUUUUAACGAUGAAUUAUGUUAAUUGAUGUACAGAUAUGUUGUAUUCUGAGUUUCUAUUUUUAUAAUUUAUAUAUGAUGGAGAUAAAUUUACAUUUUUGUUUUGAAACAUUUAUUGGAGGCGUUUGUAUGUGAAUGGCUGUUUGUGUGAAUGCCGUGAUGCUCUUUGUAAAAUAAAAUAAAAACUACCUC